CUUUGAAUCCUUCGAGGUUGUGAAGUCUGCUGGAUUCGUUUCUCUAGCUGGGAAAGCUUCAUUAGUUUCUAUAUCUGAUGCUAUCCUAUUUCUACGAUCCUAACAUGUUUAUUUACCGUUGGAGGUCGAAUUUCGUAAAAAAGUUGUGUUGGAAAAGGGAGCAUGGCGACCGAGAUGCCACGUGCCUCUUACCUUGUGUCUUGUAUGGAGGGUGAAUUUGAGAAAACUAUCACGAAAAUUCGUUUGAGCUUUAAGGACAACAACAACUAACUGUAGAGUAAGUUUCAUUGACCUUUAUUCAGUAUUUCCUACAAAUUUUAGGAUCGUAUUUUUACUCCAUAUUAACAACACAGCGCCUGGGGUACCUGUGGUCUUACGUACAAAAUAGAGUUGCGCCGUGAUAAUGCAAUCGAAAAAGAAGAAAUGCAAAGGUUAGCAUAUUCGAAAAUUAUUUAAGGGCCCACGUAAAAGUGAAGCUGCCUUUCAUGAGCUGACCGCUACAGCCCGGAGCUGCUACUAAGGAGGAACAACACGAAAUUUCUCGUACCGGGAACAUGGGAGAUGCAACACGAAAGAAGUUGAAGCUGGAACAGGAAGCUGGAACGUCAAACGGCGAUGCGGUGAGUUUUUAAAGCAUCUUCCCGUAGAAAUAUUCCUGGAUAAAUUUGUAAUCCGUCAAAUUCGAAUAAAUAUUCUAUAUCAAAUAAUGCAGUGUUCUUACCAGGAUUUUAUACGCUGUAAAUUAAGAACAUUUAAAAUUUGUAAUUUCAAAAAAGUUAAAACAUAGACUGCGUAUAGACUCUGUAGGAUAGAGAAGCUAAAAAGGGGACUAUGAGAGGGAGAAAAUUAAAGCAGGUCGCAUUUAGUACAUACGGUUAACUCGACAUUUUUACCGGUCUGAGUAAGAGUGAAUACCUUGUACUCUCUUAGAUAAUGGUGGGUGUUUUCUAAAGACGCCAUAAACUAUUAAAUUUUGGCUUAUAUUAUAAGGAAGUGUACGUUUGGUAUACGUAUGUAAACAUACGUACACGUAAACAUUCCCUCUUCGUGCCCUUUGGCACCCGGCCUUGUGCUAAUUAUAUAUAGUGCAGCAUUUUCUGAAAAAGUGGGCAAUGGCGCAAUGCUGCAGUUUGCUAAGAACACAUACUUGUCAAACCUUAAUAACUUUCAUUUGCUUUGAGAAACCAAUUUUGUUUCCCUCGGAACUCAACGUUUGAAUCUCAAUCCUUCCCUCUGUUCUUACUUGGAAAACAAUGCAACUCUUGCAGACUCCCCUGAUUGGCUGGUAGAGCACUGCACUCCAAAGCAGGAGUUAAUGAGUUCAAUGGGCCCUUUGCAUGAAGCAGUCACGUGGUACAAAAAACACCUCGCUGUAAGGCAAACAAUGCCAUGGUACCUUGAAAAGAGAAAAUAUUAGCUAAUUUUGAAUGAUCUGAUUUCUUUGUUUUUCUUAUCUCUCUGUAUUGUUUGCCUUUCAGCAAGCUCAGCGUUUUUGUCCCAUGUGGGUAUUGCUUAAAUUGGAAAAUUUACUGCAAUGAUCAUUCUUCACUUUCAUCUACAACCGCAGUUCAAAAAUGAAUUAUUUCAUAUAUACUUCACAUUUGGGGAUAUACUGAUCAAUUUCCGUACAUGUAUCUUCUAUUGCUUUAUUCUGGACAAAAUAACUAUGAUUGAAAACAAGAAAGUUUAUAGUGGCACAUGCCUAUAAAACCUAUAUAUAUUUUUUGUUUUUUGUGUUUUGUUUUUUUGUUAAUUUUUCCUUUAUUCUUUGCACAAGCACUACAACAUCUAUUCCAAUAAAAUACUACUACAAGUACACAAAAUACACUUCCUACUAUACAUAAAUAAUGGCUGACACAAAGACUGUUUAGGUACAAUUACUACUAUAAAAUAGGAUAUAAGUUUUUUUUUUGCAUUCUAAUUCUCACUACCACGGCAGAAUAGCUGAAACUUUUCCCAUUUACUUUCCUGAUCGGCAACAUAUAUAACACUCCUUCUUGCAGGGAACUUCAGCAAAGCAAGGGAUUCCUGCUGGAGCUUCUGCAAACUCAAUGUCCUCUCUUGGUCACAAAGUUCUGUUGGAUCGCUUAUAUGGUACUAUUUAUGGAAACUGCAUUGGAGAUGCUAUUGGACUGCUGACUGAGUUCAUGAAUAAAACAAAGGCCAUCAGUGUGAGUUUUUUUCUUUCCUGCUGUUUCUGUCAGGCUAUUCAAAUUUGGGUGCACAUAUGGCCAGUCACAGUUGAUAUCAGUGGGCUGUUUAGGUUCAAUGGGAGGGGUGUGUGCUCUGGCUCAAACAAUAAGGGGCUAGCUUGCAAUGCAAUUUGAGAGUUGAUCCAGUUAAUCCAGGAGAUUAGACAUACAUAAGUACAUGCUUUAAUUAAUUUGGAAAGACCAUAAACACUAUUAAUUAUACACUAUCACUUGGCUGCGUUAACAAGAGCACAGGACACUAAAUUGACGACUUCCACUGAAAUUUUAGUCACCAUCUACCUACAGUGGUAUAAGCAAAAAACAGUCAGGGCUAAUGUGUCACUGGCUACUUAUCAGGGUUAUGAUAACUUUCCCGCGGAUAUUAUUGGCUUGCUAUAAUUUUUAACUUUGUUUGUUGGGGGAUGGUGAGAAUUGUUAUACUUUUUGGGCCAGAGUCUGUUUUCACCCAAGUGUACAUGUUACAGGUCAAAAUUAGGUUGAUUAUCAAUUUCCUUUGUCUCAAGCCCUAAUUCAUGACUAAAAAUACUCCUAGGUGAUUCAUGCGACAGAAACUGUGUUAAGCUCUGGUUGUGUACCCCCCCUUGGCUCAUGAAGGCCUAAGCCUACCUUAGGAGAUACCUCACCACAGUGUUGUUUGUUUUGAUAUGUAGGUUUAUGGUCGUCAAAGGCCGCAUUUAGAAUAUCACAUGAAACACAAGGACCGCCACCGAGGAAAAUUUGACACAGGAGACUGGACAGAUGAUUCAGAUCAAAUGAUUCUGAUUUUGCUGUCUCUGAUAGACAACAAAGGAAAGGUGAGAAGAGCCUGUACAUCGAUCAUUACCUGAAAUGACCUAAUAAAUGCCCAUUUCCCAAUAAACGCCUCUUACAUAGCCCCCUCUAUGCUGUUAAAAUUGUAUGCCCCUUUCUAAUAAACUCCUCUUUUUUAAUAGAUCCCCCCCCAUGAGAAUUACUCCAAAAUACUGGGAAUUAGCAAAACAGGAGCAAAAUCGUUCAUUUCAUUCAGUUUCUUGCUUGAUUAACAAGGCUGAUGUUUAUUUUAUCUUGCUCAAUGUCAAGAUCAAAGUAAGGAUGGACCAACGAUGGUGACGCAAUUACCCUGAGCAAGAAUUCUGACAUCGAUGUUGGGACUUGAUAGAGCGAUUUGUAGAGGUACUAUACCUCCUGAGAUCUAAAUUCUGGACUAGGAGACCAUUUUUUUGUAGCACUCCCCACCCCCAUCCCAAUAUCAGCCACCUCCCCCACCCUCUUCACCUCCCUCAAUAAACACAGCCCAGUAUAUUACUGUGUAUGUGAAGUCUAAUAUCAAUUGAACAGCAUCAAAAAUGGCUUCUACGACUGGAUUGAUGAUAUAAUCUUAUUUUCAGUAUUCAAAUAUGGGACAAAGUGUCUGAAGUUAUUUGGUGUGCAACAAACACAGACUGUAGACUUGCAGGCUGGCAGGUAAGUGAGGUAAACAUUGUCAUGAAAUGUUCUAAAAGAUUUCCUAUCCCUAAACUGGACUUUUAGGAGACUUAGGGAUAGAGAAUUUUUUGUUAGAGCAAUAUUUUACAACAAUGUUUACAGGGUUGUCAUUAAGAGCCGGGGGCCGGGGAUUUUCCCCGGCUACUUUUAUUGGAAAAUAGAAGAAAAACAAAACCAAAAGAAAUCCCUAGCUGUUUGAUUCCCCGUGUACUUGUUGUAUUUACGCAGCAACUUGAAAUCUUAGUGACAACCCUGGUUUACCAGCUCCUUUACCUGCUACGCAGUCUGCAAGUCUGCAGCCUGCACUUGUUGCACACCGGAAGUUAUUCCACCCCCAUAACCAAUGGGUCAUUUUCUAAAACCAGACCCAGUCUCUUAAAAACAUUAUUUCCUGUUUUAUCACCUAAUUGAUAGAUGGAGCCUGUUGACUAUGCUUUGAAGCUGAAGACAUGGAGCAGGAAUGGUUUCAAGGAACUUGGUGACAAGACAGGAAUGGGCAUGGGAAGCACAACACGCAAAGUGUUGCACCAUCCUCAAUUUCUAGAGGACCCUCAUAAGGUAUUACCACCUGCAUGAUAAAUUCAUAGACUUUCUAGAGGGGACUCCUUAGUUGGUGAUUGUCUUUAUUUAGAAACAGCUAAUGAAAGGAAUUUAUGCAAACAAGCAAGGUUAUGAUGGGUACGAGUUUUCUGAAUAGAAAAUCAGCAUCACUGGGUUCCCUUUGUCCAUUGUAUUGUACUGUUUAAAGAACAAUUGCUUUGGGUUUGGGGUUGGAGGGUGAAAUACACAUCAAGGAAAGACGUUCAAGUGGCAAAACAAAAUGUAAAAUGACUUAAUUAUAAUCGAGAAUGUCUUUGCAGUGUGUUUUGCAUUUUGGUUCAUUUGGUCUUCUGCCAAAAGACAGUAGGCACCAAUUCGAAGUGGUCGUUUUAUGGAGUGAUACAUCCUCAGGAGCUGAUUUUAUUAAUGGGCAUCGGAUAGCCUGCAUAGCAAGCGUUCCCACGCAAGUUCGGCAAGAAAGUUCAAUAACUCAAUUGGAAACAUGCUUGCUAUGCAGGCUAGCUCCUGAAAAUAUUAGGAGAUGAUUACAUCUUGAGGAGUCACUGUGGGUAUUCAGUUCUUCACAUCCAACAAAUGUGUCCUUUUACACAGGGGUAACUGUUUUAAUUUUCUCCAUCAGGCAGCAACAGACGUCUGGGAAUAUUCAGGCCGCUAUCUUGCUCCAAAUGGAGGUGUCAUGCGCACUUCAGUGCUUGGAAUACAUGACUUUGGUAACAUUGAUGCUGUAAUAAGUAACACAAUGGCCACUUGCAAGGUCACGCACGUAGACCCAAGAUGCAUUGCAUCGUGUGUUGCUGUGACAACAGCCAUUGCAAUGAUGUUACAAGGAAAGCAUUUAAAGUAUUCAAGGGAUUAUGAUGUUGAGGCAGUGAUUAAAGAUGCAUACAAGUACGCCUGUAAGACACUUGAAACUACAGCAGAGGUAAUUCUAUGAAUUUUAUGUGGAAGUAGUACCAUUUUUGAAUUUUUACCCUUUAGACCCUAAGAUCAAAAUUUGAAUUCUCAUUUAUUGCACUUAUUCAUUUCCUACAGAAUUAGUGGGGAGAAGUUCAUAAAACAUCAAGCAAAUUCAUCUUGUGUGAUCAUAUCAGUAAUUCUCAUGACCACUCUGUUUUACAAAGCAUUGAUAUUACAAGGAGAAAUUUGAGGCUGAUCACUCUUAGGGCUUAAAUGGUUAAUGUCAUAUAAUUUAUGUAUUGUUAAGAAAAAACUCGUGUCAAUAAAAUUUUAAGAAAAAUAAGAAUUUGAAUUUCAUUUCAAAAUAGUUGGCAGUUAUAACAGUGAAGACCAGAAAGCAGCAUCGCCUUCUAAUCUGAAUAAUCUGGAACAAAAAUAUUUAAACAUUCAGUAAAUCUAAAAUGAAGUGGAGCUUGUUGGUAUUAGCUGACCUUUGAAUCUCUAUUUUUAGGCUGAAGAGCUAAAGAAGUACAUGUUUUGUACGUCAUUGGAUGACCUCCAGCUCGAUGAGAGUGUUAAAAUAGGCUACACAUACAAAUGUAUGGGGGCAGGAUUCUGGGCUUUGAGGCAGAACGACUUCCGAACUGCAUUGGAAGCCAUAGCAUAUGAGGUAACUUCAUGUUCAAAUCAACUUCUGGACUCAUCAUCUGAGAGGUUUUGUUUAAUAGAGAAUGGAUUUGACAAAAUUAGUCUGAAAAGCAGUUAUUCAGCUAAAUGUUUUCCAGAGGCUCAACAACCCGUAUGCCGGUACGCAUAUGCGGACAUGAAAUGAUGUCGAAGAUUCGAAAGAUAUUAAGUAAAAAGGACAGAGUUUUACUAUUCCCCCUUUCAAGUUUUUUCAUUCAUAAAGAACAGUAAGAUAAAUACUCUCGCCAUUUUUUGCUUCAAACGUUUUACUUUUGAAUUACCCAUUUUAUGGAUUCUUGGAGAACCUCAACACAUUUUAGCUAAGGACAGCUCGUGUACAAGCCGGAGAAAACUGGUAACAUUUCGUGACGCCAAGAGGAGCCUCUCACGAAGACAUUUUUAGUGGAGCUCCUAUUUCGUUUGUGGGGAGGGAAGAUACGAGCUCCCCUAAAAACUAUUUAAAAGCUUGCGUGGGAGGCUACACUACCACUGGUUUCCCCGCGAAGUCACGUCUGUGAAAUGAGCACUACCCUGAUCUCGUUAGUGCUUCUACCGAUUGGUUGAGGCAAAUUUCCCUCUCUGCAGGACCAAUCAGAAGCACGACCCAGAUCUUGGUAGUGACGCAUCAUCAGUAUGGAAUUUCUGUGCUCAUUUCUCAGACAUCAUUUCGCAAGGAAACCAGAGCUGAUGUCGCGAAAGGUUGGCUACUUUCUCAGGCUACUUGUACUUGCGUACCAAAUUCCAGGCUACUACAGUUUGUUUUAGUCUGGUUGUGUUUCUCAUCUUGCAGGGUGGGGAUGCUGACACUAAUGGCGCGGUAGCCGGAGCUCUGUUGGGCUGUAAACUUGGUAGCAGUGCUCUUCCACCAACUUGGCUCAAAGGACUGAAGCACAAAGGCUGGUUAGAUGGACAUAUAACAAAGUAA